CAUCGUCAUCGCCUCCACGGCAGAGCUUGAAUUCUAGAAGCUCCCACCCCACCAAAGUCCGAGUCAAAUAUUCCUUUCUCUUCCUUCUUAGACAAUCACUAAACUGUCAAUUCUUCUUGUGGAGUGCAGGCCUUAUACUAAUACUCGCGAGAUGUCUCAAAAAUGUGUCCAUCAAGGUUGCGGGAAACAGUUUACCGAUCCAGAUGAGAAGUGCGAGUACCAUCCUGGUCCGCCCAUUUUCCACGAGGGGCAGAAAGGUAGGCUGAUCUGGCAGAGCAGAUGCUGUUUUAUUAACCUGCCAUUGUGCAUUGCAUUGCAUAUGGUAGCAUACUAACUAACUUUGAAAAGGAUGGAAAUGCUGCAAGCCUCGUGUCUUGACCUUUGACGAGUUUAUGGAUAUUCCCCCUUGUACGACUGGCACACACUCAACCACCGACAAGCCGCCUCAGCUUGAGGAGAAACCCCAGCAGGAUGAUGCCGCACUCGCCCAGAAGAUUGAUGUUCUGAACGCCGCCACUCCGUCUCGCGCACCGAUUCCAACUGCCCAGCACGCUCCUACGCCACCUCCACCUGCUCCCGAGUCGGAAGAUGAUGACCUCAGUCUUGAGAUUGCGGAUGGUGUUGGCUGUAAGAGAAGGGCGUGCGGCGCAACAUACAAGAGGGGUAGCUCAAGAGAUGAUGAGGAGUGUGUUCACCAUCCAGGAGUACCAAUUUUCCACGAGGGGAGUAAGGGAUACUCCUGUUGCAAGAGACGAGUGUUGGAGUUUGAUCAAUUCAUGAAAAUCGAGGGGUGCAAGACAAAGAACAGACACUUGUUUAUCGGCAGUGGUAAGAAGGAUGGCGCCAACAGUGAGGAGGCCGUCUCCAACGUCAGGCAUGACUUUUACCAGACCCCAGUCAAUGUUAUCGCAUCCUUCUUCUUGAAGAAGAUCGACAAGAGCACAGCCAAGAUUGAGUUGCAGCCGAAGCAACUUAACCUGGACCUUACAACAACCGACUCGCCUCCUAAGCGCUAUACCGCCGAAGUCCCUCUCUAUGCAUCGAUCGACCCGGAGAAAUCAUCGUAUAGAGUGCUCGGCACGAAGCUAGAAUUCGUCCUCGCCAAAUCUGAUGGCACCUCGUGGCCAGUGUUGCGAGGAGACGAGGCCCUGACAGGCGAGAUUCUUCAGGUUGGCCGUGCUGGAAGGGCUUGAUGGGAGACGUGAGUUAUGAGAAGACAUGAGAAUGAGCAUAAUAUGGAGUUUAUGUGAUCGAUAUGGCGUUGAGAAUUUAGACGAGACGAGACGAGACGUCGUGUCUCGCAAAGGUGUUGAGAAUUAAGAAUGGACUAGCGAUAGCGAGGUAGAGACAGACCAUGGAGCAUCAGCAUGAAUUGAGAUUAACAUCCAUAAAAAAAACUUGUUACACAAA